UCUGAAUUGUAUAUACUUUAUUAAUAUAUAUUUUUACUUAUUGAUGGUAUUUUCUACAAGCAUCCUACAAUUAAGAGUCCAUGAAAGGUGGAACUAAAGAUGACCCAAAGACACAUCCUCGGAGGAGGUUUCUCUUAUCAUGGCUGAAGUAAUUGCUUGUUCUGUUGACUUUGAUAUUCAAGAUUGUCUUGAUGAAUUAUUUCUUUUCAUCCCUUCUGGUGAUGUGGAGUUUGUUUCAAUGAAGGUCUCAAGAAACUCAUCUCAUUUUUGGGACCAGAAACCCAACAAGAGAGGCUCAAGACAAUCCGGAAAAUUCCUAUGGUAGAUUUCCAUAUUAGUUGUGGAAUGUUUACAAGUAUGGAUCAAGUAUUGAUGCAGCAAUCACUGGCAUAAAUGCCUCCUCCCUUGAUGUAACUCCAGUCAACAUUGAUAGUCACUAUUAAAGAUGAUGCAGUAAUCUCAACCUGUAGCAUUUUAGAUCAGUUUGCAAUAUGAUGUGCAAAGACUAGCCUCUGUCUGGUCUUUCAUGUACCUAGGAAGGGAAUUGUUGAGGUAUGCUUAAAUCUUUAAUAUAUGUUUGGAUUGGAG